UUUUCAUUCCUACAAGAAUCAUUACGCUUUUGCCGCAAGACUGGAGGGUUUGAAGAAAGAAAAAAACCCCAAAAAUGAUUAGGCGUUUAUUGGACAUUUUCAUUGUGUGUUGUUUUCUCUUUACGCCAACUUUUGCGGCUCCUAAUUGUAAUACAAAUAGCAAUGCAGCCCACUGCCGAGAUUCAACAGAAGCCCCUGUAACAACCCAAUCACCUGGUCCAACACCAGCCCCUCCAUCGUCAACAGCGGUUCCUGGGGCCGGUGGUGGAGGGGCUUCGCCGGAAGCAACCACUUCGGAGGAAACCACCACAGAAACAACAAUGACCACAACAGAAACAACAGUGGCCACAACAGAAACAACAAUGGCCACCACCACUUCCGCCCCCACCCGUGUUUACUCCUCGGCCCCCGAAAUCAUCUCGUUCCUGGAAAACACUUUUACUGACGCGACGGCCACUUAUAACAGUUUGAUUUUUCCGAGAAAUAUGUUUAAUGAAACCAUUCUCGUAGACAUUGGUUUCAAGUUGACAGCCAUCACAGACUUUGAUGAACUUGCUGGAACGCUGGAAGUCAUAGGGAUCUUGACCAUUUCCUGGUAUGAUCAACUAGCAGACGAUGAUUAUGACUCGGACAAGCACGGACAUUUUACCGAAACCACCAUUCCUAAUCAGUUUGUAUGGAAACCUCCAGUCUCUUUAUUUAAUUCAGCAUUAGCUAUUGUGCCAGUUGGAGACAAGGCUAACUAUGUUCGUCUGUUUAGGACCACAAAGCAUUCUGACCCUUACUACGGGUAUGCAAGAAUGGUAUGGACCCCUGGCGUGGUAACAAAAACGGGAUGUGUGGUUGAUGUAGCUUAUUUUCCUUUUGAUAAACAGUCCUGUAAUAUCACUUUCACAAAUUGGGGUUUCACAAAGGACCAGGUGAAAUUUGAACCCUCUGCUGAUACCAUAGAUCUGCAAGACUUCUCACCGUCGGACGAAUGGACCGUAACCAAAACGAGACUGAUUGAAGAAACGCUGGACAACGGCUCGUUUGUUAAGUUCGAGAUUUCUUUAGAAAGAAAGCCUUUGUACUAUUUGAUCAACUUCUUCCUACCGAUUGUUAUAAUGGGUAUUCUAAACGCCCUGGUAUUUAUCUUGCCUUUGGAAAGCGGGGAGAGAGUGGGGUAUUCUGUGACGUCAUUCCUGACGUUUGCCGUGUAUUUGACUUUAAUUGCCGACGGGAUGCCGCGAACGUCUGAGCCGAUGGCCAUUAUGAGUUACUACCUAGUAUCCAUGGUCGUCAUGAGCUGCGUAGCCACAAUAAUUACCAUUUUCACCUUACGGGUUUACCUAAAAGAUGAAGACGACCCCAUCCCAACGCCCGUCACCCUCUUAGUCGCCUGCCUUAACUGCUUGGUUUGCACGCCAGACGAUGAAGAUGAUGACGAAGACGAUGAGAUGCCAUUGCUGGGCUCUGAUGGAAUAGAAAUGGAUACCAUGAGGAAAGGGUCGGCCAGGAAACGCCCGUCACCCAUCGAGGAUAACACAAGCUGGACGAGUUAUGUACCCGAUAACAAAUACGAGGUCGACUGGAAACUGGUGGCCAGCACAUUGGAUGGGUUCUCUUUCGUGGGUAUUCUUGGGGGAAGUAUUGCUAUAGCUGUUGUGUUUCUUGUUCCUCUUUUGGCCCAGUGGUAAACGGAUAAUAUUAACGCAAAGUCGAAUUUUUGCGCGUAAUGUAUAAGAAAAACUCCUGACUUAGAUAGUAGUCACGACUUUAGUAGUUCAAUGUCUCUGUUGAAAAAACUAUAUCGAAAAAAAUGUGUGCACAAUCUGGAAAAUGCUUUUUGAAAAUAUACAUGUACUUAAAUAUAUAUAAUUUUGUUCUAUAAACACGGUGAAUUUUUUUUUCAUUAAUUCUUUCUUUUAUUUUCCCAAUUAAUAAUUUUCCAAAAUGUUAUUAUUUUGUAUAUGAUGCUUAUGUCAUUUUAUAAUACAAUGAAUUCAAAUUCAAUUUCUGAAAACAUCAAAAUCAUUAAAAUGUUCAUUUUCGAGUGUGCGCUAUAGGAACCGCACAAUAAAGCGGAUUGACAAGAUAUAAGUUAUCAUAAUAGAUAUUUAGAUAUACAGUUAAACUUCGAUAUCUCGAACACCGAUAUCUCGGAUACAAAGGAUAUGUCGAAGUAAUUUUUAAGUCCCAACCACCUAUUUUUAAAGUAUUUUACCCUCGAUAUCUCGAAUAUUCGGAUAUCUCGAAGUUUUUUAACAGCCCCAUCUAGUUCGAGAUAACGAAGUUUGAAUGUAUAUGAGUCUAAAUCGGAAAAGCACAAAAGACCUUAUCUUCUACAUCAAUUAUAUUUUUAAAUGAUGUAUAUUAUUUCUAUUUGUAAUACCAAAAAGAGUUUAAAAUUUUAUUUACGGCCUGUGCUAUAGAAUAUUUUUUUGUUUUUGUUAUUUUUUCUUUCGGUUUGUUAAUGUUAAAUACGUGUACUGUGUCAAUUGUACGUUUUUAGAACUCUUUUCGCUUUUAUAUUUAUUGAUCUUUAUGUAUUUGAAAAAUAAAUUCUGAUACAU